GAGAAACUGCCGCCCCCGACAAGCGGCGGCCUACCCGGGCCCAGCAGCGGCAGCUCCGGUUUUGUCGCUGCCGGGCCUGGGCCAACAGGGCCUCCAUUUCAUGGGGAGGCCGGGCAGCCCUUCGGAGGCCGAGACUCGCUGUCCACUGUGGGUGUUGCCGGAGGAAUUGCUGCUGCUCAUCUGCUCGUACCUGGAUGUACGGGCUUUGGGCCGUCUGGGCCAGACCUGCCGCCGCCUUUGUCGCUUCACUUCCAGGGAUGCGCUGUGGAGGCGCCUCGCCUGUUCCUGCCUCAACGCCGGCUUCAGUGCGCUCGGCGCCGACCUAGUGGAAGGUGUUCCAGUGAAGGAGAGGGUCAGGGUUUCUCAGAACUGGAGACAUGGGCGCUGUCAGAGGAAACUGCUCCUAAAAUGGAAGCGCAAUUUAAUGCCUUGGAUUCAGCUAGAUACUGAGUAUCUUUACAUAUCCCAGGCUGAAGAUAUUCAGGCUUAUUGGCUCCGUCCCAAUAACACCAGCUUGCAACGCUGUCCUCAGGCAGUCUUCUCUGGGCAUCAGGAGGAUGUGUGCCGCUUUGUGCUCGCUAAUGGUCACAUUGUCAGUGGAGGAGGAGACGGCAAUAUAGCCCUUCAUAAGCUGAAUAGCUCCUUUAGCUUCAAGUUCUUGGCACAUGAACAGGAAGUGAACUGUGUGGACUGUCAAGGGGGCAUCAUUGUGAGUGGCUCCCGGGACAGAACAGCAAAGGUUUGGUCUUUAUCACCAGGCAGAGCUGGGCAAUGUUUGCACACCAUACAGACUGAAGAUCGGGUCUGGUCUAUUGCUAUUAGUCCAUUGUCAAGUUCGUUUGUGACAGGAACAGCAUGCUGCAGACAUACUUCACCUUUGAGAAUCUGGGACUUGGGGAGUGGACAAUUGGUCACCUGCCUUGGAACGGAUUUCCACCGAGGUGCUGGAGUCUUGGAUAUUUUGUAUGAAACACCUUCCACUUUGCUUUCUUGUGGUUAUGAUACCUACAUCCGGUACUGGGAUUUAAGGACAAGCUCAAGGGAGUGUGUCAAAAAAUGGGAAGAGCCACAUGACAGUGCCCUGUAUUGUAUAAGGAGCAAUGGGAACCACAUGAUUGCAAGUGGCUCAUCUUAUUAUGGUGUGGUCCGCCUUUGGGAUAAACGGCAAAAUAGGUGCUUACAGAGCUUUUCUUUGUCAUCACCAAUCAGCAGUCCUGUGUACUGCCUACGCUUCAGCACCACCCACCUAUAUGCCACCCUGGCGUCUGCGCUGCAUGUCCUUGAUUUCACCACUUGACCUAGCUGAGGAUGAUACCCAUUGCGGGGAGCACUAAGAUGAAAGAAAUUUCUUGAAACGAAGCAGACUGAAAGUCGUACUAAGUGCUAAGGAGUAGGAGUUCAUCUGCCUUUUGGAUUCAAUAAAGACUAUGGUCUCUUUCCAGCUUUUUAUUUUGUACAUCUUUUGUGUUUUUUAAAAAGUAAUUUCUAAUGAAGGCUGUAUUCAGAAAAUUUGUUUGGAGACAUGCAUGCUGGUUUCUAUGUAUCCAGUAUGGGGCUUCUGCAUGCUUUAAGUCCAACCUUAGGAGUAUAAACCUUGUGCUGGAUUUACAUGGGCCAGGAAGGGCUGUAAUCUGGACACUGAAGUGGCAAAGACAGUAAAAUAGCUUUUUCCUGCUGCUUUACUGACAUUCAUCACUGCCUUUUGAUGCCUUAGCUGGAUGUAUGAAUUGUACCAGAUUUAACCAUCAGUGUCUGGGUAUACACAAAGAGUGGUUAAUUGGAAUGAUGCUGUCAAGUUGAUGUCC